CACGGUUUGGCGGGUAUGGAAACAAGCAGACGAAAAGAGCUCGAGACAGAGAGAGGGAGAAAAAGGAGGAGAGAGAAAGAGUAGGAAUUGGGGGGGCGGGGGGGGAGAGAGAGAGGGAGAGUGAACACCCGCUUUGAAAAACCACACGGGAACAAAGUUAGCACAGACCGUACGGACAGUGGGAGGGAGAGAGAGUUUAGAGAGAGAGAGAGAGAGAGAGAGAGAGUAGAAGUGUUUUUUGCUUCAUUGCACUGAAGCCGUCACUGUUUUUUACGCGUAAGUCAUUCGAUCGAGCUCGCUGAUCGUCCGAUAGAAGUCUAGAGGUGUGCAGAGCGUCGUCUGGAUCGUGUUCAUUGCUUUGUUUGAAGAGGGUCAGUAGGCACAGGACCAGAACAGUGUACAUGGAGAUGUACGGACGCAAUCCGGGGAGGGAGGGGGCCGGAUCCGGUCAGCCGGCGGAAUGGAGUCCGGUGGGUGCCGACACGGGUCUCGAAGAGUCCAUGUGGCGGUUUGGGCUGCGGAGCAGCGAAUCGUACCCGGAGCGUCCCGGCGUGUCCGAUUGCAGCUACUACAUGCGGACUGGGUUCUGUGGCUUUGGUAGCAGGUGUCGAUAUAAUCACCCUCGUGAUCGCACUGCGGUUGUGGCAGCCGUAAGGUCUGGUGGGGAGUACCCAGAGCGGCCAGGCGAGCUUGCAUGCCAGUUUUAUUUAAAAACGGGGACCUGUAAAUUUGGUGUGUCUUGCAAAUUUGACCACCCAAAACAUGGAGGUGGAUCCAUAAGCAACGUGCCAUUAAAUUAUUUUGGAUACCCAAUACGACCGGGUGAGAAAGAAUGCUCCUACUAUUUGAAAACGGGGCAGUGCAAAUUUGGUAAAACUUGUAAAUUCCAUCAUCCUCAGCCAGCUGGCAUAUCAAUGCCAGCAUCUGCACCUAGUUUUUAUCCGACGGUGCAGUCUCCUCCGGCUCCUUCAGCUGAACAGUAUGGGGGUGUUUCCACCAGCUGGAGGGUUGCGAGGCCUCCACUGUUGCCUGGUACAUAUGUUCACGGGGCUUAUGGUCCUCUGCUGCUUCCACCAGGAGUGGUUCCAAUCCCAAGUUAUGGUCCUCCGUACUCGGCACCUGUGAGCCCUGUAUUAUCUCCUGGGGCUCAACCUACAGUUGGUACAGCUACUCUGUAUGGAGUAACGCAGCUAUCUUCUUCAACACCUGCACUUACUGGGCCGUAUUCCCCCUUGUCCUCUUCUGCUGGCCCUUCAAGCAGUAGUCAGAGAGAGCAAAUGUUUCCACAAAGACCUGGCCAACCUAAUUGCCAGUACUACCUGAAAACUGGGGAUUGUAAAUUUGGAUCUUCUUGUCGGUUUCAUCAUCCACUUGAAUAUGUUGUGCCAAAGACAGAUUGUGCCUUCAGUCCCAUGGGUCUCCCUCUUCGUCCGGGGGCUCAACCUUGCUCUUUUUAUGAGCAAAAUGGUUACUGCAAGUUUGGGCCAAUGUGCAAAUUUGAUCAUCCAAUGCAGACAGUGAGGUACAGUCCAUCAGCUUCAUCUCUCACUGACAUACCUAUUGCUCCCUAUCCUGUUGGGUCUUCGCUGGCUACUCUGGCUCCCUCGUCGUCAUCUUCAGAAUUGCGGCCUGAAUUUAUUUCAGGGUCUAAAAAGGAUCCUCAUUCAAUCAGAAUGUCUUCUUCUGGAAAUGGCUCUAGUGGUUCAGUUGGCUUAAUUUUCUCCCAAACUGGGUCCGGUCCACUUUCUGGUGUCCAACUGGCUCGUCAGAGCUCUGCCUCUCUAAGCAGUAGUAGGAGUGCUAGACCAAGUGGUGAUAUCCGCCGAUCAAUCUGAAUUUAAAUCCAAAGCCAUUCUUCAUUAUCUUAGGAUCUUGGUUACUCAUCCUUUAUGGUUUUUAUUCUUAGGCCUCAGGAAGCUUGUUAUAGUUAUGCAAAUUUGCUGCCCUUCUCUUGUUUAUCAACCACUGUGAUAUAGGCAUAUGCAACAUAAGAAUUGAUAGUCUUCUAUGCUUGAGAAUGAUCUAGUGUAGUGUGACCAUCUAUAUCCUCAGAAGUAAUAAGCUCUAAUAGCAAGUCCUGUACGAACUCUUUCCCUUGCUACCAAAUAAUCAUGAAGGCAAAGCUCUUCCAUCUGGUAAUAUGCAGCCAUCCCUCCAAAUUCCAACAUUGGAACCUGUGAAUAAUUUCUGAUAAUUUUUUGGAAAGAAAUGAUCAUUCAGUUCCACCUCUUUUUGGUCAUUUACUCUGCUGUUGCCCUUUUACCUCCUUUAUUUCUCCUUUUUCAAAUUUGGGCACAGGGUUCCAAUGUUGUAAUUUCUAUUAUAGCUUAUCUGCUGAAUUUUAGAGGGGUUGAAAAGUGCUCGCAUUGUCCAUUUCUUGGUGUUUAUGUUGAAGAAUUUUUUAUGAUCCACGGAGACUUUUCCGUGCAGCUCAGCUUGAGGUGGUAGACAUGACUCUCUGGAACGGUUUUAUAUUUAUUUAAGAAAACUGCGAGGCUCUUCCUGUGUGGAUAUCUUUUGCUUUUUAUUGAUUUCUGUUGUAUUAAACCAUGUUCAACCCUGGGACUUAUUAAUCUUGGGCAAGGGUAUGCAGAAUUUCUGGUCUCCUUUUUUUUAAAACGCUGGUGUUUGUUGAUUCACCAAAUUGUGCCCGUAGAAGACAUUGUUACUCUAUUUGUAGUACUUGGCUACUUGCAGGUUUGCUAAUUAUUUCUGAUAUAAUCUGAGAUUCAAAAUGGCACUGA